AUCCCUACCCCUUCCACCGGUGGUGUGCAGCAGCAGCGCUCGUCGUUGGUUGAGUUUCCAACAUUUUCGAUUUCGCUGUUUGUAGUGCAAUUCGUCUGACAAUGGCAACCAAUGCACUUAGCAGUGGGUACAGACUUACCCGUUUCGUCCUGGAGAGGUCGUCAAGCGUUCAGCGAAAUGCUCUUGCAUUAAUCAACAAGCGAGCCUUCAGCGCAGCAGCGGAAGAGUCUAAAAACGACUCAACCAUUCCACCCACAGGGGAGUCCGAAAUAGAGAAGAAACUGAAGCAAGAAAUCGAAAAACUUAGCUCUGAAUCAAAAGUUUUGUCAGAAAAAGUUGCAGAUCUUGAUGAUAAAUAUAAAAGAUCAUUGGCAGACAGAGAGAACUUGCGGAAUCGUCUAACAAAGCAGAUUCAGGAUGGCAAAUUAUUUGCAAUUCAAGGAUUCUGUAAAGACCUGUUAGAGGUUGCUGACAUCUUAGGGAAAGCUACUGAAAGCGUGCCUAAGGAGGAAGUCAAAGAUAAUAACCCCCAUCUUAAAAAUCUCUAUGAAGGUUUAACUAUGACAGAAGCGCAGCUCCUGAAGGUGUUUACCAGACACGGACUCCUACAAGUCAAUCCAUUAAAUGAAAAGUUUGACCCUAAUUUACAUGAGGCCCUCUUUGAACAGGAGGUUCAAGGGAAACAACCUGGAACUGUAGUUGUGGUUUCCAAGGUUGGUUACAAGCUGCAUGAAAGGUGUAUCCGACCAGCAUUGGUAGGAGUUGCCAAAGGCCAAUAAAUUAUAAUAAAUUUUGUCUUAUCUUUUAGUACAAAGAUGUUUAUGCUCGAUUCCAUUGAAAAAAAAAGAUGUACAUUAUAUACUUAGUUCUUUCAUAAAAUAAACUGUUGAAACUGUUACUAUUCAAGUAACACUCUAUUUUAA